ACCAACCAUUGGCCGGAAUUGGAUAUAUAAGUUGCGCGAAUUCAAAUCUGCAACACAGUCCAACAUUGGAAGCCAAAAAAAAGAAACAAAUAAUUUACCCCACCAUGAGUCGCUUGCUUCUCCUCUUAGCUUUGGGUGUGAGCCUCAGCCAAGCAGUGCCUUUAAUCUCCUAUGAUGAUGACAUAGACGACACAGAAGUCAUUGAGUUGCCUGAAAAUGGCCUAGAGGGACCACCGGGUGUCAACAAGGACAUCAUUGAUCUAAGCUCGUAUGGAAGUGCCUUGUUUGGUAGGCCAGAUCAAGAAUUGACGGCCAAUUUGGUGGCAAAUUACAGUGCUGAGACAAAUGAAAUGAAUCCCGAGGAACUGGGCAGCUAUCUGGAGGGCGAUAUUCUAGUCCCGCAAACGGACAUUACCAUGAAGAAUGGCCUAACCACACAGUCCUCGCGUUGGCCCAAAGGUGUGGUGCCCUAUGAGAUUCGCGGCAAUUUCAAUUCCCGCGACAUGGCCACCGUUCAGAAUGCCAUUGCCGAGUACCAUAAGCGCACGUGUAUACGAUUCGUGCCACGCAGCACUGAGCGGGACUACAUCUCCAUUGUCAGCGGUAGUUCGGGUUGCUGGUCCUCGGUGGGACGUGUGGGUGGCAAACAGGAAGUCAACCUUCAAUCGCCUGGUUGCCUUAGUCGUCCUGGCACUGCCAUGCAUGAGCUGAUGCAUGCCUUGGGCUUUUUGCACGAACAGAAUCGCAUGGAACGGGAUUCCUAUGUGGCCAUUCAAUUCCGAAACAUUCAAUCAUCGGCUAUGAAUAACUUUGAAAAGGCAGCGAAAACUGAGGCUUUCGGUGUACCCUACGAUUAUGGCAGUGUUAUGCACUAUUCGAAGAAUGCCUUCUCAACCAAUGGACAGCCAACCAUUGUUGCCAUGCAAGCCAAUGGAGCUGAUAAAAUGGGUCAACGUGUUGGCUUCUCAGACUUUGAUGUGGAAAAGUUGAAUCGCAUGUACGACUGUGGUUAUGUGGGUGGUAAUCCCCCUUUAGCUCCUGCUCCUGCUGCUCCAGCUCCAGCCCCAGCACCUGCUGCUCCUGCUCCUGCUGGCAGCGGCAAUCCCAUUGUCGAUAGUUUUCUGGGUGGUCUCAUAAGCGGCCUAGGUCUAGGCGAAGAGGAGCAUUCGAACAGCACCACAACAAGUUCCUAGAUCACAUUUGCCCCAAAGGAUUCUAACUCGUCUCUACCUCAUGCCGAAUAUGUCAAUUUAUUUAAUUCAUUAUCCAUCAU